GUUGGGCCGGGCGGGGGGGGCUGCUCUUUCCUCCGGCGGCGAGCGGCGGCGGGCGGGAGCCAUGGCCACCUCCGUGCAGCUCAACACCCAGGCCAAGAUGCCCAUCCUGGGGCUGGGCACCUGGAAGUCUCCACCAGGGAAAGUUGCAGAGGCUGUGAAGGUUGCCAUUGAUGUUGGAUAUCGCCAUUUUGACUGUGCCUACGUGUACCAGAAUGAGAAUGAAGUUGGAGAUGGGAUUCAGAAGAAAAUCAAAGAGGGGGCUGUGAAACGGGAGGACCUCUUUAUUGUUAGUAAGCUGUGGUCCACCUUCCAUGAGAAGUCUCUAGUGAAGGGAGCCUGCCAGAAAACUCUUGAUGCACUGAAACUGAAUUACCUUGAUCUAUACCUCAUUCAUUGGCCCUUGGGAUUUAAGGCAGGAGAGGAGCUGUUUCCUGCAGAUGAUAAAGGCAUGAUUAUAUCGAGUAAUACAGAUAUUCUGGACACGUGGGAGGCUAUGGAGGAGCUGGUGGAUGCAGGUCUGGUAAAAGCCAUUGGAAUCUCCAAUUUUAACCAUGAUCAGAUUGAGAGAAUUUUGAACAAGCCUGGACUAAAAUAUAAGCCUGCAAAUAAUCAGGUUGAGUGUCACCCAUACCUCACCCAAGAAAAACUGAUCAAGUAUUGCCAAUCCAAAGGGAUUGCUGUGACUGCGUACAGUCCCCUUGGUUCUCCUGACAGGCCAUGGGCUAAACCAGAGGAUCCUUCCCUCCUGGAUGACCCCAAGAUUAAGGAGAUUGCAGCCAAACACAACAAAACACCAGCACAGGUUCUGAUCCGAUUUCAUAUUCAGAGAAAUGUGAUUGUGAUUCCCAAGUCUGUUACACCACAUCGUAUUGCAGAGAACUUUAAGGUAUUUGACUUCGAAUUGACUAAAGAGGAGAUGGAAACCAUCCUCAGCUUUAACAGGAACUGGAGAGUCUGUGCAAUGAGCACGUGCACAAAUCACAAAGACUAUCCUUUCAGUGCUGAGUAUUAACAGUCCCAAGCCAUUCUUCAGAGAUUAAGGAGCGGAACUUUCUUCUCCAUUCAUACCUCUUGAUAUCUAUCUUUCUCACUGCAUUUAUCCCUCUAGUGCCAAUGUAGAUGCAGUGUGUAUGUUCAUUGCUUUGAGGAAGGAAAUUCUACAACAGGUCUGAAGAAUAAAGCACAGAAUAGAGAUGAACAGAGAAUACAGUACUUCAAACUCUCUCCAACCACAGUUUUGAAACAGUAUGAACUAUGUGAAUGACAUUAGUUUCUGCUCCCAGCUGGGAGUGUCAGAAAGUGUUAAAUCUUUUGGAAGAAUAAUCUUGAAGUCUAUCUUUUCUGUAAAUUCCUGUAGUUUCUGGAAGUUUUGCCUUCACUCCAUGUUGAACUUGAUAUACCAGUUGGUUUCUGAGUCUAGUCAGUUGCUACCUAUGUGUAUCUCUCCUAUACAAUAUCUAGAGUUCUGUUUUUUCACAGUAUAACUGUUUUUGCUUAUAAUAAAACACAAUUUCACUACUA